AGGGUGGGGGGGCCCUGGCACAGGGUGCCCAGAGCAGCUGUGGCUGCCCCUGGAUGAUCCCUGGAAGUGCUCCAGGCCAGGCUGAACGGGGCUUGGGUAACCUGGGCUGGUGGGAGGUGUCCCUGCCUGUGCCGGGGGUUGGAGUGGAUGGGAUUUACGGCCCCUUCCUUCCCAAACUAUUCCCGGACUCUGUGAGCCAGCCAACCUUACGGAACGGUCGCUCCGCGGCCGCGUUCCCGGGGGGAAGGGAAGGGAAGCGGAGGGUGUCGGGCGGUGCGGCGCCGUUUCCCGUCCCCCGCGGAAGAUGGCGGCGCCCAGCGCGCUGCUGGCCUGGUGCGUCCAACACCUGCGCGGCGACUUCGGGCUGGACGUGGGCGAGGAGGUGGUGAGGUACAUCUUGUCGAUCACAAACGAGGAUGAGAUCCGGGAGUACGUUGUUGACCUCGUUCAGGGCACUGAAGGGAAGAAGAGCUGGUUUGUGGAAGAGCUGCUGGCCAGGUGGAGGAAAUCUGCCCAGCUGCCCUCCGAGCCUUUCCCCGUGUAUCGGAAAAAGGACGAAGUGCUGCGGGCUGGGGACCAAGGGAAGAAGGGGAAGCGCAAAGGGCGGAACAAGCAGGAGACGCCGGCGUACACCGAGCCCAGUGUUCACGGGGAGGAGGUGAAAACCCCUCUGGACCUGGCCAAAGCCCAGGAGAGCAGCAGUGGAGUCGGCAGCAGUAGCAUUUCCUCCAAGAAGAAGCCCAAGUUCGUCAGCCUGUACACGAGGGAGGGGCAGGACAGGCUGGCCGUGCUCAUCCCGGGCCGCCACGCCUGCGAGUGCCUGGGCCAGAAGCACAGGCUCAUCAACAACUGCCUGGAGUGCGGGCGCAUCGUCUGCGAGCAGGAGGGCUCGGGGCCCUGCCUGUUCUGCGGGGCCCUGGUGUGCACUAAAGAAGAGCAGGACAUUCUUCAGCGGGACUCCAGCAAGAGCCAGAAGCUGCUGAAGAAGCUCAUGGCAGGUGCUGAAAAUUCAGGGAAUUUGGAUGCCAUAAGCAAAGGCUUGCUGCCUCGCCAGGAAGCGAGACUCAAAUCAGGCCUGGAGAUGGCUGUGAAGCACAAAGACAAGUUAUUGGAAUUUGACAGAACAAGCGUGCGUCGCACCCAGGUCAUUGAUGACGAGUCGGAUUACUUUGCCACGGACUCCAACCAGUGGCUCUCCAAGCAGGAAAGGGAAGCGCUCCAGAAGAGGGAGCAGGAGCUGCGGGAGCUGCGCCACGCCUCUCGGCUUGCCAAGAAAAUCACCAUCGACUUCGCUGGCAGGCAGAUCCUGGAGGAGGACAACAACAUGGCUGAGUACCACAGCAAACUGGAUGAGACCAUCGAGGCCGUGAGCUGUGGUGCACUGAGCGAGCCAGCCGGGAGCCCCAGGGCAGAGAUGACACCAAACUCUGGGGUUUUGGUGAAUCCCCGUCUCCUCCAGCCUGCUCCUUUGUGGGUGGACCAAACUGGUUUGCUCCCACAAAGGAAAACCAUUCAUUCCAUGGAGGCUGGAAGUGAGUCUGGCUUGGAGCGGAGCAGGCUGCGGAUUCAGGACCGAGAGCUGCAGGAGAUCUCGGAUGAUGGUUGGUGCCUCAGCCUGCACCAGCCUUGGGCUUCCUUGCUUGUGAGAGGAAUCAAAAGGGUGGAGGGCAGGACCUGGUACACCUCUCAUCGAGGGAGGUUAUGGAUUGCAGCUACUGCUAAAAGACCUUCCCCUCAGGAAGUCUGUGAACUGGAGGCCACCUACAGAAUGCUGCUCCGGAAAGAUGUGGAAUUUCCAAGUGAUUAUCCCUCAGGAUGCCUCCUGGGCUGUGUGGACGUGACUGAUUGUUUAUCACAAGAGCAAUUUCAGGAGCAGUAUCCGGACCUGAGCCAGGAGUCUGGGUCUCCAUUUGUCUUUAUCUGCACUAAUCCCCAGGAGAUGGUUCUGAAGUUUCCCAUCAAAGGAAAACACAAAAUCUAUGUUGCUUCCUUCCAAAUGCGUGCCUCUUCCUGCCUCUGCAGACACUGGGGGAGUCAAAGAGCAUUCGUGUCGGUGGCCGAUCCGCUGCCGGCAUCGGCCUGGAUCAGGAUAGGAGUCGGUGCAGCGAUGCCCAGGCAGAUCCUGGCAACCUCCGUGUCCUGUAGUUCCAAAUCACCCUCUUGCUCCUGAGGACAGUGAGGGUUUGAACAGCAAGAGCUGCAGGGCCAGAUGGAUGUUCCCCAUCCGCAGGCCGGUGGGAUGGGAUGCCCUGGCAGAGCGCACGGGGAAGCGCCGCAGCAUCUGUCCGCGCUCCACUUGCCAGCGUCGUUAGUCCCUUUUACGAGCCACCAGCCCCUCCGCAGGCUGCCAGUUAUUCCUGCCCGCUGCUAUAAAAAGGAUGGAGGAGGGAUGCGGCAGCUGGGGAGCCCGCAGUCAGCUCCGUCCUUAUUAGCAGCCUCCCCACCACACAGCCCGGGGAAGGCACCGCACGCGCUUGCAGGGGAUGUGAAAAAUUAAUUUGACGGGCUAAAAGCAGCAGAAGCAGGAAGAGUCUUGGCUGUUUAUUCAGCAGAACUGACAACUGGGUGAUCUCCCUCCUUUGCACAUGGAUCCUUGGGACUAGUACCUGGGGCUCAGGAGUGUUGGGGUUUCUCAGGACUGGUUAAUAAGGGCUUUGUGAAGCACAGCAGAGGGCUGUUUUUGUUGGCUUUGAGGCUGCUGAAGAAGCACCUUUCUCCCACAGUUGGGUGUUAGGGUGUUUCCUGCAAAACCGUUUGGUUUCUUCCUUGCCUUUUUGAGCAGCACCUGGGAGGUGCAUUCAGCCAGUGGAGACCAGCGCUUGGAGAGCUGCAAGUGCUCAGAUCUUGCUUGUGGCACAGUCCUCCCCAUGGAUGGGUUAUUCCCAGUGCCAGUGAGCAGGCAGGAGUUAUUGAGGAUGCAAACGUCUUGGCUGUGGGAGAACAGCCUUGUGGCCGUUGCGUGCUGGUGCAGCCACUGCAUCCUUUUUUUCCCUUGUUUUAACCUCUCCUUUGCUCUCGCCAGGCUCACUCGUGCCCCUUCACUCCCGCCUCUGCCUCUGUCCAGCCGUGGGUGGGAGAGGGCGAAGCUGCUGUGCGGCUCCUGCGCGUCUGCCUCGCCGGGUGCAGGUGCUGCCGGUCCCCUCCCCAUCUGUCGCUUCAUCUCCUUUGUGUUGUGACACUUUCCUGCUUGGAGAAGGAUCAGUCUAACAGCCUGGAAGGAAGCCGGCUGUGCUGGCGGCUGCCUGUGCUCCCACUCCCGCUGCUGGCCCUGCCUUCCCUGCCCUCCAUCCCGAUAGGAGCUGUCACGGGAGCAGCGCGGGGGGGCUGUGGAGCUGCACGUUCACCUCCCGGAAGGGACAUGGUCCGUCUGGGUGAUAUUUGUGACAGCCUAGGGAAGGAGCAGGGAAGCCUUUGACCUUUCAUCGGCGCAAGGCGCUGUGUUAAUAGAAGCUGGCAUUGCAUCUCAGGCAGUGAGAAGCUUAAUUCUCCCAGCUGGAAGCAGAGCAGAGGGAAGGUGCCGGCUCACAUCCCCACCUGGCCUUGCUGGCUGCCCUGGUCUCCUUGAAACCUGGCUCAAACCAUGACAAAAUGCCAGUUUGUCCUGUUGGGAAACCAGGCCAGAGCAGUUUUCCUUGCCAGAUAACAGCAUGGACCUCGCCACAAUGACAUCCGGAUGCUUCUCUGUUGCAAAUUAGUUGUUUCUAGCAGCCUGGGGAUGGGAAAAAAACCCUAACGUGGCUCGAUUUUUGCUGCCAGGGUCAUUGUUUGUGUGGAAGGGAUGGGCACAGUGUUGCAUCUGGGAGCACAGCUCUCCCCAAACACGUCCCCACGUAGUUUUAGUGAGGACAAAGCUCCGUGGCCUUUCUCCUGGGAAAUUUCCUUGAAUCCAGGCAAAGCUUCCCUGAAGCAUCACUUAAAACCCGGCCUCCAACAGCCAGCGGCUGGAAGAGUGCAGAGGAGCAGAGGACAUGGUGUGAGAUGAGAGGCCUUGAAUCAUUGAUCAGAAAGAGCAAGGGACCCUGGGGAUUUGCCCUACUUUUAGCCUUUUCUUAAAGGUUACCUGUGUGCUGUGUGCUGUUUGCCAGCUGGAAGAGCAGAGGAGCCUCGCAGUGUUUUUGGGGUCCAGGAGAAGCAGGCAGGCACUUGAAAUGUAACAGCCCUGGUGACAGUAGCAGUGGUGGGGGACCAGAGCAUGGAGAGAGCGUGAACUUGCUCCCUUUCUCCUGCCAAAACCACCCCUGGCAUGGGGACAGGGUGGUCUCACAUACUGCUUCUGGGUGGGCUGGCUCAGCCUCCUUGGGUGCCAAUGACUGGAAAUAGCCAUUACAAGGAGGGGGCUUCUUCCCCAUCCUUAGGCGGUGGGGGGAGUCUUCUCUGAGGUGGCCGAGGGGAUGGAGGAUUUCCCAGACUGUCUUCCAAGCCGUGUUUCAGUUUGUGGAUCUGUGGCAUGGUGACCUGCAAACCCUCUUUGUUGAGCUAGCAGUGACCUGCAAACCCUCUUUGUUGAGCUAGCAGAGAAGUUUUGGUUUCAGAAGGUGAUGGUCACUGGCUGGUUAGGAGCCAUUUUCUCUGGAGAAGCACCUGCUUCUUAUGGCACACGGGCAUUUACCAGCAGAUUCCAGCGCAGUGGCCAAAGUAGAACUUUGGAACCUGGUGUAUCUUGCCCUGUCUCUGUUCCCAGCUAUGGAGACAGAACGAUGCUGGCAUUUAGAGGAUGGGAAGAUGCAGGGGAGCAGCAGGAAGGCAAGUCCUGGAGAGAUGUGGCAUACAGGAGCUGGCUGCUGGCAGAGUCUCUCUGGGAGCUGGGAGAGCUGGAGCAUCCUUGCGUUUUUACGGGCAGGAAGAAGAGGACAGGGACGCUCCUCUGAGGCAGCACAUCACCAUGCCUGGCUUCUGUCUUCUUCAGCAGGAGUUUCCCAAAAUCCCAUGUUCUGGUGUCCUGCUCCUGUCCCAGGUGGGAAAGCGGAGCUGGCAGUGAAGCCACCAAGGGCUGUGAAGGACAAGGGGAGGCAGUGUUUUCUCCAGGUCCCACUGGAGCUGCUGGCUGAGGUUUUCCCUGGUGGCAAAGGCAGCAGGUGGCCUUGGAGACCACCAGCCUGGCACUUGGCCACGUGGAGCAGGUGUCCCCAUCACACUGGGUGCCCAUUGCACCAUCAUCCCAAGCUGAGGGUUUGUUGUCCCCAGUCCUGGCUUCUCCUCGCACCCUGGAGAAACGUGUCCCCGACACGUUGUUCCCUCGGAACGUGUCGACGUGCAUCCUGCGGGCAGGCGCAGGGAUCGGUUUCCCCCCUGGUAGUGGCAGGCGAGUGCUGGAUGUUAAUUUACUCUCCUCCUCGCUGAGUUUCCCCCUCUCCGGUGUCUCUUGGCCGCAUCGGACACGCUUGCCCCUGGCUCCCCGGUGUCGCGCCUGCGGAGGGGAGGCCGUGGCGGCUGGAAACGCCUGGCUCCUCAAGCAGGAUAAUUGGAUGUGACAGGAACACACUAACUAGGAGACCUUGCUGCCUCCAGCUCAUUUGCAUUGCAAAUAGCAUUUAAAAAUAAAGAGUGAUGAGGGUUUGUUGUGGGUUUUUU